AUGUUCUUGAUGUCUACUCUCCUCCUAUUACUUCUACCUACCUCACUCUUCGCCAAAACCAUACCUCGAGCCGACAACGUCGAGAUCCACACCAAGCCUACUAAAUGCCUCCAUUACGUCGGCUUCAGCAGCGAAACGAUCACAUUCAAAGACCUGUAUGAGAACAACACGUUCGACUACGCCAUCGUCACCAAAUAUACGACCUAUUACCCCGCCAUCCUGAGCAACGCCUUAGUAUCCAAGUACUUCGAGCUUUCCUUACUGGGCAAAGAUCAAUUAUGCGGUUGGACAAAAGCUGCCUCCGUGCAUAGCUCUCUGGGGCUGGACUUCAAUAACCACCGCGGCGACAUCUACUGGAAGCACAGCGCUGCCAGCCAGGCCGCUCAAAACUUAUACCCCGAGAAUGCAAUUCACGCCAUCCAAGAAAUACUCGAGUACAAUGCACCCGCCGGCGAUGUCUACAUGUUCAGCACCAUCAUCCUCGCCUGGACCACGAGUCUCUUCGGCUAUAUCCUCCUCAUGUUGCUGCUCAUGGCCUGCAUCAGAAAAGCCGAUCGAACCACAAACACGUCAAAGGAUAACGAGGUUGAUGAGGGCAUCGAGCUCGAAUCCAUCAAAGCAUCUGAUACAGAUACCCUGGCGAGAACCGACUCUGCAGUGGCGGGGCCAUUCGAGGACGUCAAAUGGGAAUACCCCUGCCCUCAGCGUUCUACCGAUACGAAGCGGCCCGAACCGCUUCCUAUGUACUCGCUCUGGGGAUCUCGUCAUGCGGUGGCUUGA